AAAUAACUGAUGAAAUAGGACGCUGGAUUGAUGAGUACACCCGUAAAUUGUCGCUCAACUGAGUGUAGCCGAGAUCCUUCCUCGCCAUUGCCUACGAGAAUGUCCCCAAGGAAAGCCAUGUCUCGCCACACAUCAUCACAAUUCUCCGUUUCAUCUCAAUAGUAUUAUAAACUUUAUAGCAAGCCACAGUAGGUAAUGGUUGGAUAUUUUGCUAGGAUAGAAUGCCAUGUUCAGAAAGCACAUACCAGCAACUUCAUGUAUAAAUAAAGGGGCAUGUCCUCGAUGAAAUGGAAAUUAUCAACAACCAUCCUCACACUCGUCAACAAAGCAUCCAACAUUCUUAACACAACACCACUCUGCUCUUGCAAGCUGCCAAAAUGUUCAGCCUUCUCCUCAAGUCUGCUGCCAUCAUGACUGCCACCAUGGCCCUCACUUCCUCCGCCGCUCCCCAGUGCAAGACUAAUGCCGACUGCCUCUCUGGCUUCAUCUGCGGCCCCAGCGACAUUGGUACCUCCACUGAUAAUGUGUGCGUCAAGACUGGAACCUGCAACAACAAGCCUGAUCCUCAAUUCCCCAAACUCGGACCAAAGUGCGGCGAUUCGAUCUUCUGCAACGUCGGUGGCUACUGCGGGGAAGGAUAUUAUAAGUCGGGCGGUGACACAAUCCUUGCUCAAGUCUGUGUUAACGCUGCCACUGGCGCUAAAUGCGCUCAGACUUAAUGUAACUAGAAAACCCCAAGAGGCUGUGCACGGGAUGCCUUAUUAGUCAGCAGCGUCUGCUAUAACACACCGCUGUAUAUUUCUUCUAGCUGCCCCUAUAGCUAAUGUAUCUUUCUGUGCU